AUGUGUCCUGUGUGGCUAUUGGUCGCAUUGGCGGUGGUGGGCGUGGCCAGAGGAGAUGUCAGUCAGUGCUGGGAACAUCCGAGCUGUCAGGAUGUCAACUCUGAGACGAGCAUGAUGGAGUGCAUCCAGCUCUGUCGCUCCGACCUCACCGACGAAAUGCCCGUCAUCCCCGGGGACGCGCACCUCCAACCUCCUCCUCCUCCAUCGGACCCCGAGUCUCUGCCUCCCCUCUCUCUUUUAUCUCCCUCCUCCUCCUCUUCCUCCUCCUCCUCCUCCUCUCCUCAGGCCAAGCGCUCCUACUCCAUGGAGCACUUCCGCUGGGGGAAGCCCGUCGGUCGGAAGCGCCGCCCGGUCAAAGUUUACGCACCAAACGGCGUGGAGGAAGAGUCGGCGGAGCUCUUCCCCGGAGAGAUGAGGAGGCGGGAGCUCGCCAGCAGAGUGAUGAAGGCCGUGGAGGAGCAGGAGCAGGAGCAGGAGCAGGAGCAGGAGCAGGAGCAGGAGCAGGAGCAGGAGCAGGAGCAGGAGCAGCUCCCCGGUGACGUGCACGAGAAGAAGGACGGCACCUACAAGAUGAGGCACUUCCGCUGGGGAGGCCCGCCGGCCAGCAAGCGCUACGGCGGCUUCAUGAAGAGCUGGGACGAGCGCAGCCAGAGGCCGCUGCUCACGCUCUUCAAAAACGUCAUCAACAAGGACGGACAGCAGCAGGAGGGGGAGCAGUGA